AUGCACCUCCGCAACGGACUCGUCAUCGGUCCCACACCACAGGAGACUCCUACAAUGUCAGUCACACAGACACCAGCCCAUCAUCGCCACGCGACUCCGAAACCCACCGUGGCAGAGCGGUCGCAUGGGCAUAAGGAGGCACCCCCGCAGGAGACACCUUUGCCCAAUGUUAUGCCAGGGGGCAGUCCCUUGGUCACCUGGGACCAAUUCCAGUCCGCUAUGAGUGUGAUUAGAACUGUAAUAGGGGGAACCGGAGCAUCCGGCGCAACGACUCCUAUACUACCAGAAGAUGGCAGCACUAUGAAGGCCUUUCUGAUGCGCAUCGAGCGCCGGUACACGCAAAUGGGAUUGGAAUCGCGCGAGUGGGGAAAUGCACUUAUAGACCACCUUGUGGGCCGGGCUCUAAUGUAUUGGAUGUAUCUACGGAGAACUAUCGACCUAAGCGACUGGGCGACAGUACAGCGCAGGCUUCUGGAGCGGUUUGACAAAACAAUGUCGCAGAGUCAAUUAUUAACGGAGUUGACAAAGGUACGGUGGAAUGGUAACCUGAAGGAAUUCACCGACCAGUUUGCGGAGGUGGCAGAGCGUGGGUUGGGUCUAGCCCCAGACGAAAUCGCGGACUACUACUGCGCCGGGCUACCGACAGACCUCCAUCUUCUAAUAACUAAUAACGGACAAGUGAAAUAUCAGUCGUGGGAACAAGCAGCGACCGCCGCAACGCGGAUCUAUGAGCCCAAGAAAUCUGCAAGAAGCGCGGCGGUGUCGGACACUAUGCUCGGGACUGCCCUACGUAUGAACGAGGCCGGCCCGAGCAGCUGGACAAGAGCAGUAGAGCGCCCACCAGUCCUAGCACUGAGAAGACGGAACGAUCAAACGUGCGGGCCUAGGCGUGGGUGGAGACGAGCGUUGUAG